AUGAAGAACGGCUUCUCAAGAGGAAAGAUCGACAACACACUUUUCACGAAACAUCUGAAAGAUGAUUACAUCCUUGUACAAUUGUAUGUUGAUGACAUCAUCUUUGGAGCUAUAAGUGAUAAACUGUGCAAAGAAUUCUCCACACUCAUGCAAAGUGAAUUAGAGAUGAGUAUGAUGGGAGAACUGAAAUUAUUCCUCGGUCUACAAAUCAAGCAAGAAAAGGACAAGAUCUACAUUCAUCAGACCAAAUACAUCAAAGAUAUGCUCAAGAAGUACAAUAUGCAUAAGUCAAAUGAUAUGAGCACACCAAUGUAUCCAAACACUGUUCUGGACAAGAAUGAUGAAAGUUCACUAGUUGAUCCAACAUCGUACAGAGGGAUGAUAGGAUCACUCAUGUAUCUAACAUCAAGCAGACCAGACAUCAUGUUCAGUGUGUGUCUAUGUGCAAGAUUCCAGGUAAAUCCACAACAAUCACACCUUAGUGUUGUUAAGAGAAUAUUUAGAUAUUUAAUAGGUACUACUAAUCUUGGUCUUUUGUACGAGAAAGGUAGUGAUUUCAGGUUAAAAGGAUUUUGUGACGCUGACUAUGCGGGAGAUAAAGUUGAACGAAAGAGCACCAGUGGAGGAUGUCAUUUUCUAGGAAACUGUUUAGUCUCUUGGUCAAGCAAAAGACAAAGUACCAUAUCUCUUUCCACUGCUGAAGCUGAAUACGUAGCAGCCAGCUCAUGUUGCACUCAACUUCUAUGGAUAAAGCAUCAACUUGAAGAUUAUAAUUUCCAUGAAAGUAGCAUACCUCUACUUUGUGACAACACUAGUGUCAUCAACAUAGCAAAGAAUCUCGUUCAACAUUCAAGAACAAAGCAUAUUGAAAUCAAGCAUCACUUCAUUAGAAAUCUAGUGGAAAAAGGACACAUUGAUAUAUCUCAUGUGCACACUGAAGAUCAACUUGCUGACAUUCUCACAAAGCCAUUACUGGAAAGGAGAUUUGCUGAUUUAAGAAGGAGAAUUAAUAUGCAAUCUGCAUAUUGA